GCGGCAGCGGCCGCGAUGCUGAGUUCCCGGGCGCAGGCGGCGAGGACGGCGGCCGACAAGGCCCUCCAGCGCUUCCUGCGCACCGGGGCGGCCGUCAGAUACAAAGUCAUGAAGAACUGGGGUGUGAUCGGUGGAAUUGCCGCUGCUCUUGCAGCAGGGAUCUAUGUUAUCUGGGGUCCCAUUACUGAGAGGAAGAAGAGGAGAAAAGGGCUUGUGCCUGGCCUUGUCAACCUGGGGAAUACCUGCUUCAUGAACUCGUUGCUGCAGGGCUUGUCCGCCUGCCCUGCCUUUGUCAAGUGGCUGGAAGAAUUCACCACUCAGUACUCCAGGGACCAGCAGGGGCCACACACACACCAGUGCCUGUCCUUGACACUGCUGAACCUCCUGAAAGCUCUGUCCUGCCAAGAAGUCACUGAGGACGAGGUCUUGGAUGCCAGCUGCCUGCUGGACGUCUUGAGAAUGUACCGAUGGCAGAUCUCGUCCUUUGAGGAGCAGGAUGCUCAUGAGCUGUUCCACGUCAUCACCUCAUCCCUGGAGGACGAGCGGGACCGCCAGCCUCGAGUCACCCACUUGUUUGAUGUCCAUUCCCUAGAGCAGCAGUCAGAAAUGGCUCCCAGACAAGUCACCUGCCACACGAGAGGGUCCCCUCACCCCACGACCAAUCACUGGAAGUCUCAGCACCCUUUCCACGGAAGACUCACCAGUAACAUGGUGUGCAAACACUGUGAGCACCAGAGUCCUGUUCGGUUUGACACCUUUGACAGCCUUUCCCUCAGUAUUCCAGCUGCUACUUGGGGCCACCCGCUGACACUGGACCACUGCCUUCACCACUUCAUCUCCUCCGAGUCCGUGCGGGACGUUGUGUGUGACAACUGUACCAAGAUUGAAGCUAAGGGGACACGGAACGGGGAGGAGGUGGAGCACCAGAGGACCACUUUUGUUAAACAGUUGAAGCUAGGAAAGCUGCCACAGUGCCUCUGCAUCCAUCUGCAGCGGCUCAGCUGGUCCAGCCACGGCACGCCCCUGAAGCGGCACGAGCACGUGCAGUUUAACGAGUUCCUCAUGAUGGACUUCUACAAGUACCGCCUCCUGGGACACAAACCCAGCCAGCAUGGCCCCAAAGCCUCCGAGGACCCAGGGUCUGCCCUGGAAGGACAGGACACACAGGUGGCCCCGAAGCCAGGUCUGAGUCAGCCAGGGGCCCCCAAGACGCAGAUCUUUAUGAACGGCGCCUGCUCCCCGACUCUGCUGCCAGCCCUGCCUUCCCCGAUGGCCUUCCCUCUGCCCGUGGUUCCUGACUACAGCUCCUCCACAUACCUCUUCCGCUUGAUGGCAGUUGUCGUCCACCAUGGAGACAUGCACUCUGGACACUUUGUCACCUACAGACGGUCGCCACCUUCUGCCAAGAACCCUCUCUCAACCAGCAACCAAUGGCUGUGGAUUUCCGAUGACACCGUCCGCAAGGCCAGCCUGCAGGAGGUCCUGUCCUCUAGUGCCUACCUGCUGUUCUACGAGCGAGUUCUGUCCAGAGUGCAGCAGCAGGGGCGAGAGUAUAGGUCUGAGGAGUGACAGGCCAGUCCAGAGCCAGGGCCCAUGGUGAGGUCCACACUGUCCAGGAUAAAAACAAAGGCAUGCCACGUGUACACGUGCAAGCCAGCCCUCUAGAGCCCUCAGCCUUCUGUGUAUUCUGAGAGCAGGUUCCACAAGGGAGCCAGUCCUACACGGCACUGCCAGGGUGAACUGGAAGAUGUCCUUGUGUGUCUAGAAUGUCUUACCUGACACAGGCAAUUAAAAGAACCGGAUCCCAGAAGCCACCUUCCCUGUACUGUAUUAUGCUAGGUGUUUUCAGAGGCCAUCUUUGGCUAACCCCUGCCAUUUCACCAUAGACCUUUAUUUUUAAUAAGGCCCAUAAAUAAUAUUGACAAGAAUUAGUGAAAUUAUUAAAGGCAACCAUUCAGAAGAAAAAGUGCCUUUGUUUCCCAUUGUUCUGAGACCAAGCAUGACCUGAGAGUCAGGUGUGAUGCUGGGACAGCCCUUGUCGUUCUGAGACCAAGCAUGACCUGAGAGUCAGGCGUGAUGCUGGGACAGCCCUUGUCCUUCCAGGCUCCUCAGUGGUCAAAAGAACAGUUCAAGAAUGCCUAAAACAUCGAGGUGGCUCACACCUGGGAUCCCAGCAUGUAGAGACUGAGGCAGGAGGAUCACUGCAAGUUCCAAGCCAGCCUGGGCUCCAUCAUUAAAACCUUGUCUCCUCCCCAAAGCCUCAAGAACACCUCCCCACCUUUGGGAAUGCCUUUUGUAACCUUGAGUUCCCUGUGCCAUCAAGGUCACUUGCCAAGUCCACGGAGGACGCAGGAGAGGCGGCAGCCCCUUCCUGAGCCAUGUCCUCUGCACUGCUGAACGCUACAGAAGGUGGUUCUCUGUGUUAUUAGUUGCCCACAGCAGGGUUUACAGGCCAGAGGCUGGCAGGGUGACCUGAAAGCUGGGCUAGGAAGAGCGGGCACUGACCCAGGGCCGCACUCUCUGGACCUCUCGUUCUCAGUCAGGCCACAGUGAGGAAGAAAGGAGUGUGACACCUGAACACAAGUGGAGCAGAUGCAUUCUGCGGCCAGACUGUAGGCCGUCCUCUGUGUCUGCUGACCUCCUUAAGCAAAAGGUACACUGGGCCUCUCCCCUUUCCAGACACGCCUCAUGAACAGCCAGGGACAGGAAUCGGGACAGCACAGUAGUACCUACGUGUUAGCUAAGUGUGUAAUUUAAAAAAAGAUACCAAAUUCAAACUGACACUUCUGGUCUAAGGUUUGGAGCCAGACCCAUCCACAGGUCACUGAGGUAAGGCCGAGGCCAUGUUUUCUCUGCUGGGGGUAAGCUGGCAGACAUUCCAGAUGUGCCUAGGCAUCAGCUAUGAGAUCAGGUCUCACUGUGCAUCCGAGGACUCCAAGACUAUGCUGGGCUGGACCUCCACGCCACCACAGACCCACGGACUUGGCUUCCAGGCUGAGAUGAACACACAAGUGGUCAGUCACCUGUGACCUUAGAGCACUGUGCAGGGCUGAGGGCCCCAAGUACCAGUCCUGCCGCUCCUCCUGAGGUCAGCUGGGAAAAGAAGUGGCCGAGAGGACAAGCGUGUGAUGUUGCUCAGAGGCCCCGUGUGAGCCACUGCUGUGGACGUGUCAGCCUGACCAAGCGCUAAUGUCCUUCCUCAUUUUGUAAAUUCUUACAUUAGGUAAUGACCAAUGAUGAGUUAAGUUAUUCACGGUAGGUCUCUUCUUCCCGGAGAAACUUAGGUUAAGCUAGUACUUACGCCGUAGACUGUUGAGUGUGGAUUUGCUAAAGCCUUUGUAUCUGCUGUGUACUAUUGCAAUAAAGAUGGUUUUGUUAGCAAACA